AACCCUAGAAAACCCUAGCCGAUCAGGGAAGCGCAGCCAGCGACGGGAAAACUCACCGACGCCGGAUCUGCGCCACCUCGACAUCCGCAUCACCGCCACCAUCGACGUCCUCGAAGAUCCACUCCACCACCGACGUGAUGGCCUCGGGAUCGUCUUCCGCCGCCCCUGCUGCUACUUCUCUCGACGGAGCUUACUCGUUGAUGACGUUCAUCAACACCAUUCCACCACUCAAAGGGGACAACUACGUUGAGUGGAGGAAAAAGAUCGACAUGGCCUUCACCUUUGCUGAGGUGGACUGGGUCCUUGACACAGAGCGUCCCGUCCAGCCCGUGCCACCUGUGCGGGCAACAGAUGAGACAGAUGAUGCAUGGCAGAAAAGAGAAAGAGAGUUUGCUCCCAUCCAGAUGUCUUAUGACCUUGAAAAGAAAAAGUGGGAAUCAGCAAACAAGAAAUGUAAAACGCUUAAAUGA